GGGUCUCUCAGGCACCCUGGAGGCCCAGACUAACUGCUAACCUUUAAACACUCCAGCUUGACCCCCACCCCCCAACCAGCUCAGAAAUGACAGGAAAAACCACCUCUGAGGCUUCUGUCUCUAGUCCAGCGGAGACAGAGCCUGAGCCUGCCAAGGUACCCACCACAGAGUCUUCUGGAGAGGAGGCAGCAUCAGACUCCACGGGGCAAGGGCAGGCACCAGAGCCACAGAAGCUUGGAUCUCAGGCGCUGGACCCUGCAGCCCCUGAAGCUUCUGCCACACCUGCAACCACUAAGCCUGAACCUCCAAGCGAAGAUGUCCCCAGUGCCCCGUUGCAGCUCACCUUGGAGGACGUGAGCCAUAGCUCCUUGACGGUGAGCUGGGAGCCCCCCGAGAAGCUGGGGAAGCUGGGGCUUCAAGGCUAUGUAUUGGAGCUCUGUCGAGAGGGAGCCUCAGAAUGGGUGCCUGUGAAUCCCCGACCUGUGAUGGUGACCCAGCAGACGAUUCGAAACCUGGCCCUGGGAGACAAGUUCUUCCUGCGUGUGACUGCAGUAAGCUCCGCAGGGGCAGGCCCCGCAGCGGUGCUGGACCAUCCUGUCCACAUCCAAGAGAUCGUUGAAGCGCCCAAGAUCCGUGUUCCCCGACACCUUCGGCAGACCUACAUCCGGCAGGUGGGAGAAUCUGUCAACCUGCAAAUCCCCUUCCAGGGGAAGCCCAAGCCACAGGCCUCUUGGACCCACAAUGGCCGUGCCCUGGACAGCCAGAGGGUAAAUGUGCGUAGCGGGGACCAGGACUCCAUCCUGUUUAUACGCUCUGCUCAGCGCUCAGACUCGGGCCGCUAUGAGCUCACUGUGCAUCUGGAAGGCUUGGAAGCCAAGGCCAACAUUGACAUCCUAGUGAUUGAGAAGCCCGGGCCCCCGAGCAGCAUCAGGCUACUGGACGUCUGGGGCUGCAACGCUGCCCUCGAGUGGGCUCCACCCCAGGACACAGGCAAUACAGAGCUCCUGGGCUACACUGUGCAGAAGGCAGACAAAAAGACAGGGCAAUGGUUCACAGUGUUGGAACGUUACCAUCCCACCACCUGCACCGUCUCAGACCUCAUCAUUGGCAACUCGUACUCCUUUCGGGUCUUCUCAGAAAACCUGUGUGGCCUCAGUGAUCUCGCCACCACCACCAAGGAGCUGGCUCACAUCCAGAAGGCAGACAUUACUGCCAAACCUAAGGGGUUUAUUGAGCGAGACUUCUCAGAAGCCCCGUCGUUCACCCAGCCCCUGGCUGACCACACCUCCACUCCUGGCUAUAGCACACAGCUAUUCUGCAGCGUUCGAGCAUCACCUAAGCCCAAGAUCAUCUGGAUGAAAAACAAGAUGGACAUCCAGGGUGACCCCAAGUAUCGCGCAGUUUCUGAACAAGGGGUCUGCACCCUGGAGAUCCGGAAGCCCAGCCCCUUUGAUUCUGGAGUCUACACUUGCAAGGCCAUCAACGUGCUAGGGGAGGCCUCUGUGGAUUGUCGGUUGGAAGUCAAAGGUGGGAGUCUGAAGAUUUCCUUAGUUCCCAGUCACUGGGGACAGAUAGAGCCCAUCUUUGUCACUGGGGACAGAUAGAGCCCAUCUUUGUCACUGGGGACAGAUAGAGCCCAUCUUUGGAGCUGGACUAGACACAGCUUAGAGUGGUAACUGGAGACAAAGAGUAGGGAGGGGUCAAGGAGAGUUUGUGUGACUUCCAGGUGGGAAGACACUCUCUCUAGUUGGGGACUGGAGCACUGGGAAUCAUUGACCUCAAGCCUCUCAGGGUCUAACCUGUAGGAUCUCUUUCAGCCUCCGCCACACACUGAGAAGCACUAUGGGCAGAGACUGGGACAAGGAGACAGGUGAGUGGAGGGACCCAUUCCUUUGGCUACCUCCAGUGACAGCAUGGUCAAAGAGGAGACUGGGAAGGAAAAUCUACUUCCCAGGCACAAAAUGUCACUGGAGAGGGGCUGGGUAGGGAUGGAAGGCAGUAGACACAUCUGGGUACAAUUUUGCAGCCAAAGACAACUAGCAUUCAUGUUCAGUUUGGAAACGUCAGUGUAGGGCUGGGCAGUGCUGGUGAGGUCCGCAAGGGAAGGGAAGUGGGUGGUCACAGGACAGGGUCUAGCCUCGGCUCUGAGUGAUUGUAAACAUAGGUAUUCUCUUUGCACCUUUCUCGUAGUAGGGACCCAGCCCUUGCCCUGACUUCUGCAUUUGGUGGCUCUGGGGCUUUGAAGAACUAUGACGUCUCUAGAGCUACACUAGGGAGAGGUCAGCAUUGAGAACUGAGGCUGAGGAAGGACAGAGAAGGGUGGAGGUGGUUCUCCAUCUGGCUCCCCAACAUCUCUCUGGCAACCCGUCCACAUACCAGGGCUCAGAAGGGCAUUCUCUGCCAGGUUCUGCAGGCCUGAGGAUCAGGCCCCCAGGCCCAACAUGUCUCUCCAUGGAUACCCAAGAUCAUGGGCCUCUGAUACCUGCAGACCUCUCUCCAUGAGAGGCUGGAGUCCAGACCAAGAACUGGGUUUGUUAGGCCUGGGGUCAGGCCUCCUGGGUUACAAGAGUGCCCCAAAGGAGCAAAGACUGGCACCCCCUGCAGAGCUGUACACUGGCGAGAAGUAGUCAAAUAAAUGUGUGUGGUGUCAUAGCA